AUAAAUUAUAAUUUAUUAUAUUUUUUUCACAGAAAAAUGUCGAAAUAAACCUACUCCACCACCGAAACCUAUGACUCUAACAUCAGGCACGUACAUGUACGGAGAUCUAGCACUUACGCCUGAACUGUAUAAUCAACUCCGAGGCUUACAAAAGAAAGCGAAAGAUUUACGUCAAGAAGUUCGAAAUUUACGGAGAAUGUCUCAAGCUCAAGCACACUCAGUUCGAGAAGCUAUCAAAGAUACAUUUAUAACGAUACGAGCUAUGUUGUUGACCAGUGAAGAACCAAUAUGGGGUCCUAGUGAUUCUGAAAGUAUACAAUUAAAGCGAGAUGAAGAUCUCUAUAAGCAAGAGAUGGUGAGAUUGGAAAAUGAUCUAACUGAAUUAGAAAGUACCGUUGAAGAUUUACGAGGCAGUGUCAUUAAUAGAAAAACUCGUGUUAACAUGUGUGAUGUAGAAAACAUGGCCUUGAUCUUAAGUAAAUCUAGUAAAACGGUAGCAGAUUUAAAAACGAAGUUCCCAAAUCUUCAAGAAAGUCUUAAAGGCUUGUUGAGUUUAGAAAUGGAAAAAAUAGUGCGUGAAGAAAAAUUCCUUAAAGAAGAACCAGAACGGCUAGAAUUGGCAUUGAGACGAUGUAAAAAACUUACUGGUACCCUCGUCACACUUAAACGCUUGGCUUCAGUACAAGAACAAAGAUUGCCAGUUAUACUAAAUGCUGAUUCUGAAGAACCACCUAAUGAUGCAUCUAAUCUAAAUCAACAAUCUAAGACAGCUGCCUCGCUAUCAGCGGAACAUAAGUCGGAAUCGUCAGACAUCAUCCGAGGAGCACCCAUCUCCACGCUUUCCAACUUCAAUCAGCAGCGUUCGGAGAACACACUCGACGCUUUGUUAAAUGAACUCCAAACUUAUUCAAGACCAUCAUCACAAUUAAACCAAACUUCCAAUGCCACUCAACAUAUCGAAUAUUUACCAUCACCUAUAAUCGUUUCAAAACAUGCACCAUCUACAAAGUUAAAAAAAAUAACGAAUAAUGAUCGAAAAAAAAGUAUGGAUUCUUUAAAUACUUUAACAAUCAAGACGCAGAAUACGAUUAGUACACUUCGAAGACUUCACUCUUAUCCGUCUGGUUCUGAUACUGAUACGUCUCCUCCGACAACAAAUGUAGAUGAUUCUGAAAGUAUUAAUACAUUUGAAAAACCACCACUACCCGAAAGAAACGUCGAAUUCUUGCCACUAGCAACACUGAAGCGAGUUCCUCCUCCUCCACCACCUAGAACCAGUUCAAAAUCACCAUCAAUAAGUCCUACGAGCCCUCAAUUACCUCCAAAAAACUCCGCAAGUAUUUCAUACAGAAAUCGCCAUGCUAAAGAAAUCACUGAACUAUCUAUACGUUUUCCAACUCACAUAGUUCAAGAACAAGUGCUCAAUCAGACUCAAGUAAGCAAUGUACACACUACAUCAGAUUCUAGUUCAUGUGAAAGCAUCAAUUCCCAAGAUGGUUCACAAAAUAAAAAAGAUAGACAGGAUCAACUGGAAUUACGUCACAAAGAGCUUCUUCGAAAACAAAAAACUCUUCAAGAACAAUACGCUCGAUUACAACAACUCCAAAGAAAUACGGCUGUUUCGCUAACAACACCUACAGAGUCACCUGAUCUUUUGAAGAAAACGGGAUCUGAAAGUAACAUUUUGGCGAAAAUGGGCCUUGGUCUGUGUACUAUGAAUUCUGGGUCACUAACAAGCCUGACAUGUAAAGAUUAUCCAGAACCACAAUUAUCAUCGAAAAUUGAAUCACAUCAUUCUCUCGUAAUUUCUGCAGUUGAAGAACAAGCAUCAUCCAAUAAAAUUUAUGAAACUGACAUACUGUGACUGAUUAUUGUAGUCUUCAAGCUGAUUAAAAAUAUUAAUAUUUAUCUGUGGAUUAUUUUUUAUAGUUAGUAAAUUUUACAGUUAGUAUAUUACUGUUAAAACCAACAUAAACUUAUAAUACACUGUGAAAAAAACCAAAUUGCUAAGUGAUAAAUGAUCAUAUAGGAGGUCAAAAUUAUGUUCCUAUUUAUACUAGGGUUUAUUUAUAACCAAAUGGUGUUUUUCAUAAUUAACUAACUUUUUAUAUAUGUAUUGUUAGUAGAAUCAUUUAAAAAAUUAUUAUUUUAUCAUUUAUGUUGAUUAAAUAAGUCUUAUUAGUAAUUUUUUAAGUAAUCAGCAACCUGCAAAAACUGGAAUUCUAAGAACAAAUAAAUGACUUGAACUUUUCCAUUUUAAUUAAAUUCAAUGUAAGUUUAAAUUUCAAAAACUUUGAAAUAUAAACAUUUCUAAAACACAUGGUACAUUUUUAUGGUAAAAUUUGAUAAAUCGAAUUGUUUAUGUAUUAAUAGAUCACAAUAAUAAUAUCAACAAACUACACGGUAAUUUCAAAUCGUACAUGUUGGCAGAAUUUAACAUGGUAAUAAAAAACGUUGUCUCAUCGAAAA